AAAACUUUCACGGAAGCGACAACUCCGAACAGCAACUUUACUCCGCCAACGAGCUGUGCCAGCGUUAAAUGUCGGCGCCAAACAAGUAGUUCCUCGAACAAAGCUCCGAGCUGACGGACGGUUUGCAGCCAUGGCUGACAGCCGGGAAGAGGAGAGGAAAGAAGUAGACCAGGAGCCUCAAGGCGCCGUGGGUGGGGAAGAUGUCAUUGAUGAUCCCAUCCUGGAGCAAGGGGCAGUGGUCCUCAGAGGAUACGUGAUUGAGCGCAUAAACACACAGGACCCUGGUCGACAAGUCCGCUCUGAGGAUCUGGGAGGGCAGCCCAAUGAACAACAGGAUCCACAAAUCAAAGAAGUGGUGGAACAGCUUCUCAAGAUUGCAGAUGAUAUGAACAGGAAUGCUGAACUUCAACUAUUGAUCAACCAGGUUCAAGGUAACUGUGCUCGGGACAUCUUCAUGAAGGUGGCCAGGAGUAUCUUUGCUGAUGGAAUCAACUGGGGUAGAGUUGUGGCUCUCUUCCAUCUGGCCUACAGACUCAUAUACAAGGCACUGACCACCAACCAUUUAGAGAACAUCAGAAUGGUCAUCAGUUGGGUUCUUGAGGUCAUCAGAGAGAAGCUUUACUCCUGGCUAGUACAACAGGGAGGUUGGGAGGGGGUGAUCCGUGGCAUUUCUCGGUGGAGAACAGUAGCAUUAGUAGCCUCGGUUGUACUGGUGGCAACCAUUGUUUACUACAGGAAGACACGCUGAGACCAUCAGACCUCAAAAUCUUCCCCCCUGGGCUGCAGUCCAAUCUUCUGAAUGGAUGCAGGGUGUUAACAAAAACACUUUCUAAACAUGAAUAACAACCACUCCUUAACCUCCGAUUCAUUCAGCAGAGGAGGUCAAGUGCUGUAACUAGAGGUGGGAAAAGCUUCACUCUUCUCAAGUUUCCAAGCACAACAAGUGCAUUUACAACUAGAUUUCAAUGGGACAUCUCCAUCAUCUUCACCAGCAACUACACAGUAUCUUCCAUGAAAUUACAUUUCUGCAGCUGCAGCUUUGUAGGAGGUUCUCAUCUCUUUUGCAUCAGUGGCUGUCAGCAGAUGAUGGUGUUAUUAAGAUUGGACAUAAGAGUAAAUAUCAUUAAUCAGACCUGACUCUACCUAGAAAAAGUCUCAGGUCCAUUCGUUAUGGUCAGUUUUGGGUGUAAUCCACCUUGAGUUUCUGCGAGUCUCUGGUUCUGAGGAAAAUUUGGAUUAGUACUGAAGACCUGAAAAGGCUAAAUAUACUGCUUCUUAAUCAAGCCAAUCAAAAGUCCACCAAGACUGAAUUGAUUGUACUGUAGGCCCUUCAUAUUAAUGAUUGCCUGAAAUUUUUAUGAUGUAUUACAGGCUUCUUUUCACUUGAGUAAGGCCUUGUCAAGCUCAGGCAGAUAAACAGUACAGCCACGGCUUGGGACAACCCCUCAAAAUAGAAAAGAUUUGCUAAAUUACUUAGAUUAAAGUUCACACUAAUGUUUUUUGUUAGUUUUUUUUAUACAAUAUCCUUGAUAAUAAUCAUUGUUUCCAUUUCCUUGAUAUAGGAACAGGGGCUAAUGCAAUUAUUCCUUAAAUUCAUAUUAUGGCCAGGAGUUUGAAGAUCUUCCAUGUAUUUCUUGAACUUGAUGAAUGAUUCUUAGCACCUCAUUGUUGCAGUAGACAUUUUGGAAUGUAACAGCAUAAAAAACAACAACUGUGAUGGGUUUUUACCAUUUAGUUUUAACAAAUCAAGGCCCCUUGUCUCAUAAAUGGAAUAGGGCCAUUAUUCAAUUUAAUUAGUUGGGCAUUGGACUUCUCAUUAUGAGUCAAAUUUCUGGGGGAAAAAAGGCAAUUUCCAACAAAGCACACUGUUAUAGUUGCUAUAAGAAUCUAAUAAUAGCAUCUGUAGUGACACAAUUUAAAAUGCAUUUUGUGUUUCUGCACAGUGAGAUCAUCUAAUUUAAGCUCAGUUGUGGGAUGUCACUGAAAUAUGUCUCUUGAUUUUCCACCUCAAGCUUUUAUGUACACUGUCCUGAAUCUUUAUUUAAAAAAAGAAGGGAGCUUUAAACAAGUAAUUUCUACUGAUAAGUCAUGUGCUUCAUUUAACAGUCUAAUUUAUCUUAUCUAUGUCCAAAACUGUGGAUGCAGGAUGUGAUGAGGUUGCUCUGUUUCCGACAGACAUUUUCACUUUAUUCCUGUUGUUGAUUGUGAGUCCCUUUGUUAUCUAUUGUCUGUGGUCAGGUGACUGACUGUCACUGUAUUGUGAAUACAUCUGAAUUAUCAAGGGUGACUACCUAAAACUGUUGAGUCAUGUUUUCUGCAAAAAAACUACUCAGUCAGUAGGUAUGAAGUGAAGUGUUAAGUCGCUAAUCUCUGUUACCUUUGUCUUUCUAUGGCCAUUUCCAAUUUGCAUGUGAAUGUUGAUCACUUAACACAAAUAGUUCAGUUGUGAGACGCAUGCAUCAGUAUAACAGAGUAAUCUGACUGAUGAACUAGAAAGUGCUGUGAACAGGGGUUAGAGGAUGUGUAUCCCACCUUCAUCCAGUUGCCUUACCACAGAAACAAAGAAGUCAGUGAUGCCACACAAUUAAAAUAUUAAAAAACAAGAGCCAUAUGAUAAAGAACAAACUUCAACUUUAACCUACUGAUAGAAAACAGAGAAACCACAAUAACUGUUGUAUAUCUGUUAAAAUGUCUGAUGUGCAAUAACACUCCUUUGUUGACUGACAUCUAAUAGUCCUCUCCUUCAUUUGUCAAAAUGAGGAGUCAAUGUUCCCCCCCCCCCCCCACUUCUCUCCCACUGUGAAUGUUGAUACUGGCAAACAAUUUGAAAAUGCUCAUAUGGAUGCAGUUUCUUCUUUUGUCACAUGUGAGCAGUAUUUUCAGAUGUCUCAUUAUUGAGGCCUGAGCUGAGAUGGUUAAUUGUUGCUCAUUGUAAAAGUUGUAUUACAAUAUUGCAGGUCAGUACUCCUCCAGCAUCACAGCCUAUUUUUACACAAGGGACAGUUUCAGUGGAAUAACUAAUUUGUUGGUAAAGCUAAUUAUUGAAAGCUUUUGCAUCAGACGUACUGCAGUGUGUGAGGGUUAGACUAGCUUUAUAUGAGAGCAGACCAAGUUGCUGUUAUUUAGUACACAUAAGCUUAUGCCAAAUAUUUUUGAUACCAAGUUGUGCAAUCUCACAAGGGUAUGACAUCAUUUAUCUGCUAUCCUAUGGUGCUUUUUGAUAUAGCUGGUGAUAAUUUUGAUUAAACUGGUGAUAACUUUAUGAGAAACCCUUUUAAAUGGACUGUAUUUUUGUAAAUAUAUUUUAAAUGAAUUAUACCACUCAGGGUAUGGGAUAUGUGGUAAGUCAUAAGAAGCUGUAUGUGGAAGUCAUGGAGCUGUCGAUCUUGAAAUAGGUGUAUGUUUAAAUAAAAUCAGAAGUUCUUGUCAUUCAA